UUUAGCAACUUUGUUAAAAACGAGCGUAUUUUGUCAAUUGUUUUUGUCAAAAAAACGAGAAUUCUGGACAUAUUUUAAGAAGAUUGUAUGACUCUUUGGAAUUUUUUGCAAAAAAUGACAAUCCUUAGCCAUUUUUCUGUAAAAUCGACAACUUUUGUCAAAUUUUUGGAAAAGCGAGAAUUUUGUAAAUUUUUGGCAGAAAGCAAGACUUCUGACAAUUUCUUGGGAAUUAUACGAGUACAUUACUGGUAAAAAAAUUAUACUUUUUCGCAAUCUUUGCCAAAAAAGCGUUACUUCCUUAACUUUGGCAGACAAAAUUUGAGAAUUGUUAGAUUAUGCUACACGCAAGUCUCAAACUCAUCUUAAAAACAAUCGCAAGUGAUUCGAAAAAAAAAAUCCACUUAUAUUUUAUUAAUCAACAUCUCGCAUUUACCAUACGAACAAUCCUGUCAAAAAAGAGAUCUCGACUCGCUAAAACCGAAUAAAUUUUACCAAAAUAAAUCUCUUCCAACGUCAACCAUUUCGUAUCACGAGAAGAUGAGCAUCCCAACGGUUAAAAUUUCUCCAAUCGUAAACUUUCAUUUAAAUGCAUCGAGUAAUUGAAAUCGACACCGUCGUCGGAGUCAACGAUCAUACCGACGAAACAAGUUCAAAAUCUCGAUUCAUUACCAUAAGUAAGAUCAUGGCUGUUUAUUGGAGUUCUUUAUUCUUAUUACGGCAUCUUAAUUAGGGCAUUGUUAUACCUACACAAGGUGCGUGCAUCUUCAUCAUUAGCAUGUUGUGUUGUUGAUCGUGAAUUUGUGAAUUGUGUUUACUUUAUUACACUGUAGGAGUUUCGCGCGCCUUCGAUUAUGAUUCAAUUAUGAUUCGGAAAUUUUCGCCUUCGCGUUCAACUAAGACUAUUUUUACGCGAUUAUUUGUUCUAUUAUAUUAUCUAAAGCUAACCAGUGGUAUACGAUUGCAAGGUGUUUCCGAUCUCAUACAUAAUUUCGAGGCCAUGGAUCCCGAAGUACUGAAUUUGCUAACUUUUAGAAACAAACCCGCGAACAGGAAUAAAGAAGACGCGUCCGAGAUUAAUAUCAUGGAUGUGGACACGAGUGAUAUUUUGAACUGUUUCAGUACCCUUUCGUACGUUUGUUUUCAGAAAAAAAUAUUGAUUUAUUUGGAUUCGUUGAAUAGAGUGGAUAGGAUUAAUUUAUUCGGCGGGUAUUUAUCCUUUGUGCGGAUAUCGAAAGGACUUACGCCGCCUAUUACCGAACAGCUUUUGGCAUCGAGGCAUAUAUCCGAUGAAAGUACGCUCAGUAAUUUGUUAAAAGAGGUUUUCGAAGAUUUCGUCGAAACUCACGUGCUUAGGAUAACAGUACCGGUGAUAAAUACUAGACUGGAUGGUCGAGGAGCCAGAGGACAUUGUUACGAUUUUAAUUUAGCUGACGCCAAGGAUGAAAAUGGUACGAUAGGAACCCAGAAAGCAGCCAAAGAUCCAACAUGUUACAGAGGUGACCAAAGUAUGAUGGCGUUGAGUUCAGCUCUGAUAAUGAAGAUGCUGAUGCUACUUCCAGCACUACUGAAAGUGAUAGCAGCCAAGGCUAUUUUCGGUUUAGCGAUGGGUGUGGUAUCGGUGAUCCUUUCAAAAAUGGCCUUAUUACCCUUGCUUUUAUCGUACGCGAAUAAGCCUCCAGUUCACGGGAAUGCUAACGUUGCUCCGACGACAGGAUCUUUUAGACAAGGAGUCAACCCAACCAACUUCGCCCUUACUACCGAUAACUACAACACGUACUAUCAACAAGAAGAACAACCAGGUAGACUGACCACAGCUGUAGGUGGAUCGAUAGACAACGAUAUUGGUCCAAUUGACUACGGUCCAACGGCCAUAAGCAGCGACAAUGUCUGGUCCGAGAGUAAAUUUAUCAAUAAGAAUUACAACGUUGCAGCCAAAGAUCCAAACUAUGUACCACGAAAAGAACGGUAUAGGUCGAUAAGUCGUCGCCAUGUUAGUAAACCUAAACGUACUCCUUAUUCUGAAGUCGCAUCCCAUAACGAUAGGUAUUUAAUGACUACAAUUGUUCCGCGAACCGAACGAAUGGAAAAACAACUCCAACUACCUGUCCGUAUGAAACGGGAUUUAAAUCCGAAAUUUAAACAUGAAAACGAGCUAUCAGUUUGAAGAGGAGGUAGGGGAUUAGUGAUUGAUGGCGUUUUUAUUUUACUCCGCUUCGCAAAUGAGUAUUUCAUCGUGUUCUUCGUUUCAUUCCAUUAGAUUUGUAAUGAUUCCUCGUGAUAAUGGUGUAAUUACUAUUUGAUACUGGUGUAUAUAUUUUUACAAUAUUUAUUCGUCCCUUCCCCUUCCUACUCCUUCCAAUUCAGUUUUUAACGAGUCGAUUCUACACUCGACUAACCAAUCACGAGGAAAUGUACAGAAUUAGAUUAUUGAAAAUAUGUAUCUAUCGAAUGUUAUUAUUGUUGAUAUAAACGUGUUUCAGAACGUUCCUAUAUAAAUACUUGAUUGAUAUUUUCAAAAUAAAGAAAUAUCUACGUAUCUAA